AGCCCGAAAAGAUUCAAUUAAGCGCAUUUGUAGAAAGAAAAGUUGGAUAAUGUGUGUAACAGAUGUGUUGUCCUACAGUGUAAGAUGGGCGCGUAAAACCUCUCCAGAAAAUACCUUUCAACCCACCCUGUCAAAACCGGCCUGGGUCAUGUUUAACUGGGGCACGGAGGAAUAGUUUGGCUUUCACUCUAAGCCCAGGUUGCAGUUCUCGCUGUCGGACACUUGGCGCUGCUGCUUGGGAAGCAGCUGUGUAGCAAACGAGGGGGGGCGGCCACGGCGGUGCGACGUGGAAAGGCAGAACAGCAUUCUGGUCUCUGAUAGUAGAGAUUAAACUCCAGCGACACAAUGAGAACACACACCGUCCCGGAUCUCAGUGGGAUCUAACGCUGAAAUGAAAGCAAAGCGGCGAACCGGGUAAACACUUGUUAGGAAGAAGUCGUCGCCAUGGACGGAGGGCUGAUUAUUACAUUUAUAUCUGUGGCGAUGUUUGUAGGCUCCUUUCUGCUUGGAUUCAUCCCACUGUUGUUUCAACUGUCUGAGAAAAGCCUGCAGUUCGUCUCCAUCCUGGGGGCAGGUCUGCUGUGUGGGACAGCGCUGGCCAUCACCAUCCCAGAGGGAGUGGGUUUGCUGGAAGACUCGUGGAAAGCGUCAUCUUCCUCUGAUGUGUCAUCCGGUCUAAAUUCCAGUAAAGAAAAUGGGACUGUGGCAGAGAGAGGCCUCCCACCUCGGUUCUUCAUUGGGGUUGCUUUGACGCUCGGGUUCACCUUCAUGUUUGUCGUCGAUCAGUUGGGAAGCUACCUUUCCACACGCGACCAGACGACCCGUUUGUCCAACAGCAUCCACUUCACAGCUACGUUGGGCCUGGUUAUUCACGCUGCAGCUGAUGGAUUUGCUCUGGGUGCUGCUGUGGCUACAGGUCAAGUGACAGUACAAGUUGUAGUGUUUUUUGCUGUGAUUCUGCACAAGGCGCCCGCGGCUUUUGGCUUGGUCUCCUUUCUGAUGCACGGAGGCCUCGAGAAGAAGUUCAUUCAGGGACACUUACUGGCCUUUUCAGCUGCAGCGCCUAUAGUUGCUAUUGCCACUUACUUCAUAUUAUAUGCAUCUGGAAGCUCAUCUGAGAAUCAGCUCAGUGCAACAGGAGUGGGAAUGCUCUUCUCAGCGGGGACGUUUCUCUACGUGGCCACGGUGCAUGUUCUCCCUGAGGUCAGCAGCAGCAGGACUGAUGAGUUGCCCUUGGACUCCGAGCAGCAGUCUGGAGCCGAAGCUCACCAGCAGAGACACUUGGGGUUCCUGGAGAGCCUCACUCUCAUCAUCGGUGUGGGGCUUCCGAUGUUGCUGGCCCUCGGAGUGCACGAUGACUAAAAGAAAACAUGAGGGCAAUUUAUUUUAAAGGGGUGUGAAAGGAAAACUCCGAGCACCUGUACUAUAUGCCACAAUGAUUGGAGGACAAAAUGGGCUUUGGCAGAGUCUACCUUGGUCCUCUUAUUUCAGUGUAACUUGGAUUUGUGCCAGGCUAUUGUUUGGGUGUCAAAAAGCUUUCCGGGUAGUGAUAAAGAAUCAGGUAACUAAUAUAUUUUCAUAGCUGAAUUGAGUUUCCAUUCAGGGAAAGCAGAAACAGCUCUCAUUUGUUGCCACGGUCCGCUGAAGGCAUGCCAUGUUGAGGUAUUAAAUAUCCCAAAAGAUGAAUAGAUUUACAGGAACAACCAAAUAAUUCGAUACUCUCUCACCUAGAAAAUAAGUUCUCUAGGGCGUACACUUUAUAUUAUUAUAUUUUACGGCUAAGAGUUUGAAAAUAUGGGUGGAUUUUCAGAUUAUAAAUGUGCAAUAAUACAAACAACAAAGUUUUUUUAUAAUGUUGUUUGUCCGAGCAGGUUUAUGGUGGGGAUCGUGUCGAGUGAGAGGCAGCCUGGACAGGUUACCGUCUGUCUGCUAUCACAGAGGCACGGGCCAAGUGCUCACACUCACAGCUACAGCUAAUGCUAAUUUAGAAUCAUCUCUUUGACUCAGCAUUCAUGCUUGUGCAGUGUGGAAUAAGGCCGGGACAUGGGGACAAAACCGGGGACACAUAGAGAACAUCCAAACACAGAUAAGGGGCCCAGGUUUGAACCUCUCAAUGUGAAGUGAUAAUAACUGCAGCCAAAUGAGAUUCCUUGUGCGAGUUUUGUGAUUUAACUUUUUUUAAAAAUAGUCAGAACAGCGUCUUUAAGACCAACCGGUAAACUGGUCCAGCAACUCUCAUGCUAGGUGAUAUGUUAGACGGAGACAGGUUCCUGGCAGCAGGUGAGGUACGUGUCAAGAACUAUCAAGCAGAUUCUGGAGGUUACAGAUGUUUUACUGACUCACUGCCACUUAGAGCAAUUUUUACCUUUACUUUCCUUCUUUCUUCUUUCAGCUCCUUUAGUGUGUGCAACAUGUGAAAUAUUGAAACGUGAAAUGUCUUCUGGUUUUAUAAUGGCUUAUUUAUUUACUUUAUACUUGAUUCUUUUUUGUUUUCGUCACACAAAGCUGUAGAUUGCAGCAUCGACUUACUAAAGCUUGUUUACUUCUUAUGUUUAACGUUUGGAGCAGAACUCCCCUUUUAACAGCUACCCUGAAUAUCGUGAUAUUGGUUUACUAUAGAAAAACUAUGAAAUUAAAAUUCAAUAUUAAGAUAUUUUACACUUAAAUUUGUCCUUUAUUCAUUAAGCUCUAAACACAGUUCAUAUAUGAACCCAUAUGAAAACACAUGCACAGGUUAGAGACCAUCUAGGUUUCCAUAAAUGUAACCCAUCUGCACUACAAACCUUUGGAAGUGACCACAGAAGACAUGACAAAGGAGUAUAUCCAAAAGGAAGGUUUUGGGGUUUAUAAAUGACAGGCCACCAAAUACCCUGAUUCAAACGAGGACUCGGAUUUUAACUACUUUUUUUAAAUUUAUUUUUUUAAAAACCUUAUUUGUCUUUAAGGAUUGCCUUCAUUCUGUCUGUGGUUGAUGCUGUCGAGUGUUGCUUAUUUAGUUUUUGUUUCAGUCUGAUAAAUAUUGAUCAAUUUCUGUUUAGAUCCUUAUUGGACUUCUGUUUCUCCUACUGGUGGAAAAUUCCACUCUGAUCCUCGGUGGAACCUUGCCAUUGGUGGAACACCACUAGAAAAAAUCAAGUGUUUUUAUGAACUCCCUGAUCAGGGCUCAUUUGCGGGAGUUUUUUAUUUUAAGGUUGAAUACCAUGCCAUGAGAAUAAAGAUUUCUUUAAUAUUGUCUGAAAA